GCGUAUUCGUAUCGGCAAUGUAUAUUGUAUGGUACUGGCUGUAGACUAUAGCCGAAUGAAUUAAGUGGAUCAGGCAUUACUUUGAUAUUAAGUAAUACCAAUUGAUUUUUUUGUUUGACAAGGAAUUACAGCCGCGGAAGACGGAUGGCGGCACAGUGCUCGGAAGUGGACAUCAUUUCGCGCUCGGCAUGGGGCGCUCGAGUUGUCUCCGAGGAGGACAUGUUUGAUUACGCCAUGACACUGCCCGCCACCUGCAUGGUGUUCACGCAUUCGUAUGGCGCUGCCUGCUAUGAUGCCCGCAAUUGUUCCCUGAUCACUCAAGCCAUGCAGAUCUAUCAUAUGGACACCAACGAGAUUGCCGAUAUUGCAUACAACUUUUUGAUCGGCUCCGACGGAUCGGUACUCGAAGGGAGAGGCUGGCUUUACCGGCCAUCACUGCACCGCCAAUAUAACGCGUACAGUUUCGGCGUCGCAUUUAUUGGGAAAUACCCACCCUCUGGAGACGACUUCACCAAAAUGUCGUACAAGGCGGCUAUCUCCGCCAACGCCCUGAUACAAUGUGCUCGCUCACAGGGGUUUCUGCAACCAAACAAUCGUUUCGCGCUCCCGACGACAUUCCGCAUCAAUCCCAUUAUGCGAAACUACAUAAUGAAUCCCCAUUUACUGUUGCCGCCUCCCAUUUCGCCGUCACCACCCGCAGAGCCUCCAGCGUUUCGCGAUGGAUUCAUUGCCGGAUCAGUUAUGGCGCUGCUCAUCGGUGUGUGCCUAUUUGGUAUAGUGUACUGGCGAGGCAAACAGCAACGCAGGAGAUACAAGCAUUUUUGCCGCGCUGCUGAUUAUCGCAAGGAGCUUCUGCAAUCCGUCCCAUCGGAGCUUGUGGAUAACUUCAUGAUACCACAACGUGCAGUCGAUAUUAAAGAUGAACAUUUGGGAAGCGGUCGUGAUGGCCAUGUGUUUACGGGUGUCCUGCAGUCAAAAUAUCUGCGGCGUACCAACUGGUUAUCUAACACAACAGGGACAUCCGGCUCCUUUCUCGUGGCUGUAAAGAUGUUGCGCAGCUUAUCCAAAAACGGAGCAGCGGCAAGUGCCUUUCUGUCGGAAAUGACUGUCUUGAUGAAAGUUGGACCACAUCGUAACAUUGUCAACUUAGAGGGUAUUGUUUUGCAAGGUAAGCUUAUGGUGGUUUUGGAGCACUGCGCACUGCGAUCCUUAGAGAUCUAUUUGCAAACUACCCGAACCUCUACCGAAUCUGUGGAAUCCGGAUCACCUAGCCAGAAUUCCAUCUCACCGGAUGUCGAGAAGGAAAUGGUCAGUUUCGUUUACCAGAUUAGCCGGGGCAUGGAGUUCCUCGUCAGCAAAAGCAUAAUCCACCGCGACCUGGCCGCGCGAAAUGUGCUUCUGGAUGCGCAAAAAACGGCCAAGAUCGCCGAUUUUGGAAUGGCGAAGGAGCAACCCAUAUACACUUUAGAACGCGACAAAGUUCCUUUGCCCGUCCGCUGGUCAGCUCCUGAAUGCCUGCAGCCGAAUCGCGCCGUCUUUUCCACCGCUAGCGACGUGUGGUCCUUUGGGGUGGUUGUUUGGGAAAUCUACACGUUCGGUUCAGAGCCGUACGCUGCGGAAUUCCCGAACGGUAUCCUGUAUGAUCAGCUGCGCGAGUUCCUACGGCACGGCUCUCGUCUGAACCUUCCAGAAAUAUGCCCCGCCGAAAUACGUGAUAUUGCUAUUGGAUGCUGGGAGUUUGGACCGGAAAGGCGUCCAAGCUUUUCCACCAUUCGUCAUCGUGCGGAGGCUGUUUUGCCGGUGUCUGCCAAGGAUGUGUAUGUCGCUUGUGAUGUAGAUUGCUGUACGAAAAAUGAUCAAUCUGAAACAUUACGUGUGAUCAUGGACAGCGAAAUGCCGGUUAUUAAUGUUCAGUCGCUUUAAUGAAUAUUACGAGUAUUACGAAUAUGUACAGUCACUGUAUGCUUCACGUGCAAUGCUGAGGUGUGUUGCAUCACAUGCCUUCAGUAGCAGAGUUUGGUAAUGAACCUGUAUUGUUUUCGGCCAGGUUUAAAUUCCCAUACUGUGUAUGUGAAACACAGCAGGUGUAGGGGUUACCUGCUACCGUGAUGAAAUUAUUAUUAAACUAUUAUUUAAUGUUCCCCGCUUCCGGUGUCCACUAUCGGCGCUGACACCCGGGCUGUAGGCAGCUGGUACUCUCGUGAUCGGCUACGUGCGGUGACCGGGGGGCAGCGACAAGCCGACCGACCGAAGGUCGGCGGAAGAGAGACCAGUGCCCUGCGCAACCGAAUGCCCAAUUAUACCCCAAACAACAUCCAGGAUCAGACGCAAGGACUAACUCCAUCCGUUGGAAUUUGGAUACAGACAUAGGUGGCGAAACAGUUGUUUUUCCAGCGUUCCAGGCACCGGAUUUUAUUGUCAUUGCAUCCUCCAGUAGCUGAUGUUAUGGAGCCGCCGCUGCGGAAGCUUCGAGUUCCGUAACGAGGAUGUCAGACAAGAGACGCAGCAGGUCAUCCAGCGAUCGAUCAACGCUUUGACGAGUCAGACGAUUCAAGAGACUUUGUGACGGUGUCGGCGCUCAGUUGGAGGUCCUUGAGGAUCAGCG